GUUGUUUGGCAAACUUUAUUAUGCAAAAUAACCCCCACCUGGAUGCGUGGAAGCGCCCAGACCUCAGUGCGCAGACUGCGCGCCAAUACGCACAGUUUAUGAGCGACGGAGGAGUAAAUUAAAGGUCUGCUCCGGCGCUCACACGCCCCUCAUAGUGUGAUGCUUCUGCUGCAUGGUCUGCUGUUAAACAACCGGUUGUAAACCUGGCAAAAACGGACUGAAAGUCGUUACUAUCAGGAGGGACCCUUCUUUUCUUUCCAUGCGGAGAGCGUCUUCUCCAGCAGGACUCCCCUAACCAGGUCAUGUUCGACUUCAUGGAAUUUCAGGUUUUCGGUCCAGGAGAAAUCAUAGACUUCUACACGACUUCCAGCCCUGGCUGCGCGCUGCAGGACCUGGACCAAGACCAGGACCAGGAUUUGGUAGCUUUCUUCCCGGAGCUGAUCGAGCCAGACUGGCCGGAGCAUCGGUGCUCGCAAUCAGUGGAAAGCCAGAGCUCAAACUCCAGCUCCAGCUUGGAUGACCUGUUUGCCACCCCCCCCACCCCACCUCCACCUCCACCCACAUACAAGCCCUGUUUUGUGUGUCAGGAUAAGUCCUCGGGCUACCACUAUGGAGUCAGCGCCUGUGAGGGCUGCAAGGGUUUCUUCCGCCGCAGUGUGCAAAAAAACAUGGUCUACACUUGUCACCGUGACAGAAACUGCAUCAUCAACAAGAUCACCAGGAACCGCUGUCAGUACUGCCGCCUGCAGAAGUGCUUUGCUGUGGGGAUGUCCAAAGAGUCUGUGAGAAAUGACAAAAAUAGACGAAAGGGGAAGAAGGAAGCGGUGAAGAUGACAAUCAUGGAGACGUACGAGCUGACGGCAGAACUUGGUCUGAUUGUGGAGAAGAUCUGCAUGGCUCAUAGAGAGACCUUCCCUUCACUGUGCCAGCUUGGAAAAUACACCACGAAUUCCAGUUCCGAUCACCGGAUACAGCUGGACCUCGGUCUAUGGGACAAGUUCAGUGAGCUUGCCACUAAGUGCAUCAUCAAAGUGGUGGAGUUUGCCAAGAGAGUGCCGGGCUUCACAGGCCUGACAAUCGCCGACCAGAUCACUCUGCUCAAAGCCGCCUGCCUUGACAUCCUGAUCCUUAGGAUUUGCACUCGCUACACUCCUGAUCAGGACACCAUAACCUUCUCUGACGGACUGACACUGACUCGCACUCAAAUCCACAAUGCAGGCUUCGGACCGCUGACAGAUCAUGUUUUCACCUUUGCUGGACAGCUGCUGCCUCUGGAGAUGGAUGAGACAGAAAGCGGGCUCCUCAGUGCAAUCUGCCUCGUCUCCGGAGAUCGGCAGGACUUGGAGGAGCCAUCUAAGGUGGAGGUGCUACAGGAGCCACUACUGGAGGCGCUGAAGAUCUACUCACGGAAGCGGCGGCCCAGCAUGCCUCUCAUGUUUCCCAGAGCCCUGAUGAAAAUCACUGACCUGCGCAGCAUCAGUGCUAAAGGAGCUGAGCGGGUGGUGACACUGAAGAUGGAGAUCCCAGGCUCCAUGCCUCCGUUGAUUGAGGAGAUGAUGGAGGAUCUGCAGAACUUGGAGACCAGCCAGCAUUCACACAGCAACUCCUCUCCAUCUCAGCACACAAACUACUCUAGUCUCCCAGUCUGAAGACGACCAGAGAACUUUUCUUCCAUCCAAGAAAGAUUACUAACGAUGUUAAAGUGCAGAUGCAGUUCAGACCGUCACUAGUCUCUUACCUCUCUAAAUGUCCAGGAAUAUUUGAGAGUUAGAUCUGCAGACAUGUCAAGUGAGAUUCAGUUUUCACAUUAUCAACGGGAUAGUUUCUGUGAGAUUAAAUCCUGCUUCGAUGGAAGAAAAAAUAGAAUGAUGCAGUAAUACUUUAGUCUCUUCUUAUUUCCCUGCAACGUUGUUGCAGGCACCUCAUAACCACUGAGAACCGCUCUCAGCUUUUGUUUACCCUAUCUGGUUCUUACUAUAUUUAUAUUUGCGUGAGUUAUUAAUUUUUACCUCAUUGAAUAACGCCGUAAGUAUUGGUUUAGAAAGAGAUGGCACAUGUGGAAGGGAUUUGUUAAAGCUUUUUAAUGUAAACUUGUUCACUGCAGCCGUGAACAGAUGUAACUAGGAAACAAGUAAAGGGAAAGACAAAAAAAGAAAGAAAAAGGUCAAACAUUUAACUGUACUGAAUUGGUUUUUAUGUUGUUCCCAAAUUAUGUGGGCAACUUGAUACAGGACAAACAAGAGGGUAAAAAAUGUGUACACCUCCUUGUUAAACUGCCAAAAAACAGGGUCAUAAUUAAUAAUUUCAAAACAUUUAACAUUUUAGAACCAAAUGGUGCAACAACCUGGUUGAACUGUGUGUGUGCACACUCUCAAACUAAUAAUUUGUUGAACCAUCGUUUGUUGUAGUUUCAGCAUUCAGAAGAGAACAGAGAAGUCUGUCACCAUCCCCCAGUUUAGCUUGGCAAAAUUUGCCCACUGUCAGAUCGAGAGGACAUCUCUUGUUCGCAGCCCUCCUGAGGUGAUCACACAGAUUUUCUGCUCUGAGCUUUGGCUAGGCCAUUGCAAAACUUUCAUUUUCCUUUAGAGAAGACAUUCUUUAGUUGGAUGUUUGCUCAGAUUUGCUGUAGCACUAAAAUCCUGCUUCAUCCUCAGCUUUCUAGCAGACGCCUCAAAGUUUUAGGUUGAAAUUGGCUGGUGUUUGGAAAUAUUCAUAAUUGUAUUCAACUUACUAAAAAAUCUAAAUUAUAUCCAAUGAAAAAUAACUCUACAGCGUGCUGCUGUUACCACCGUGUUUCACUGUGGGUAUGGUGUCCUUUGGUGAUGGGCAGUGCUGUUUUUGUGACAGACAUAUGCUACCUUUUUGGAAUUAAUAAUAAUAAUAUAGACUUUAUUGAUCUCACAAUGGAGAAAUUAAAUUAUGGUACAGAAGUUCAAGUUUGGUUAUGUGAGAACACAUUUUUCCGAAUGUCACUGCUUUAUCUUAUUUUAUGCCUAAAAGAGGUGUAUGAUUGGCCCCAAAUGUACCAUUGUUUUCCCUGGAAAUUCACAUAAAUUAACAUUAAAAUCACUUUAAGUCUUAAGAACUGAUUGUAGCAUUCAUGCAAUUGUUACCAGGGGUGGACAAUAUAAAUGUGGAGUUUAUCACAAUAUGUUGUGGUAUUUAUUGGGAUAACAAUAAUCUUUAGGCCACUAUGGUUGUGACUGCAUUGCCACUGCUUUCAGUGCCCCACAAGCACAAAUACUGCUUGUAAAAAACAGACCUAUUUUAAAAAGGGUUUAUCAGGACACCAGUUACAUAAAGUGUUUGAUUCUUAUCACUAAAUUGCACCCAGUAACUGCAUUUAAUCAUAUCAUCGAAUUUACUGACAUUCAUGGAAUAAACAAUGCAGUUUUUGGGGUUUUCAAACAUAAUUAAUUGGAAUUUAUUGUUGUCAUGACAAAUCUAAAUUCUUAUCAUAAGAACAUUUUUCAUGAUAUAUAUGAAAGAUACAAUAAAUGCCUAUCCCUGGUUGCUACAGUUUUUCCAACUAAUAAUUUCUACAAUUUAACCAAGAAGAAGUGACCAGGUGAUCUCUUAGUAAAAAGGUAAUUUUUUAGUCUUUUUAGGGGAGGACAGCAAAAGAACUCUGCAAAUUUCAUACGUGGCUAUCCAAUCAGAAUGAUUGCUGAUCGCUACCAAAUACCCUUUGAAUGACUGCACUAACACACUUGUUACAUAUUGAAAAAAUUAAAUCAAGUUUUUUUCUGAUCUCUAAACAUGAGGGGCAGACUGGAAUACAUAGAUUUGUCACAAAACAUUUACAUUUACAUGUACAUGCUAAAAAUGUAGAUGAUUUAUUGAGGCUCUAUUAUUUUUCCGUUGCAAAAAAUCUGACAGUUUUAUAAAGGUGUUUUACACUUUUUAUAUCCACUGUAGGUAUAAAAAGAUGUAGUUACGUAUGAGCUGCUUGUUUAGUUCUCAGUUUUUCUGGCAGUCUGUUGGAUCGCACUCCAGCAUAAUAAAAGAUUUAUCACCACGUUAUUAAGCUAAAGAUAAAAUACAUAUCUCCUUAGACCUUAUGAAUGAAAUGAUUUAAAUGCAGAUUAUCAUUAACAAUGGUUUAUCGUUUUUUUCUUUCUUUGUAUCAGGAAUAAACAUGUAAACAUUUACCAGUAAAUGAUUUUGUAGCCUUUGUUGCACUGUGGGACAGUGUUAGUCUACAGGUGCCUCUAUGUAGUGAUGUCAUGAUGUUACUUUAUUUUUAUUUCCUGUUUUCUGUUUUGUAAUGACUGCCUUAUUAGUGAGUUGUUCUUUUGCUUUUAAGUCGAUAACCACUCUGUCUUUGUUAUUGUGCUGACACACUGAUGAUACAGCCGCACACAGCUGCAAGUAUACCUGAAGUACAUUAAAAUUAAUAUCCGAGUUAAAAUGCCAUUUUAGACUUAAAAAAAAACUUUUAAAAUGUGGUCCAGAGUAAGAAAAUUAAGGAAAAGUUAGCCUGAAAUUAAAGUUGUUUAUUUCUGACAUUCGGUAAUAACUAAUUACUUAAUUUAGAAGCUUGAUUGAGAGUUAUUGAAGCUAAGCAACUCAAAAUGCAUCCUUUGAACUAUAAAAAUCACAUGUGCCUGCCAUUAAUGUGCCAAAAUCUUCCAAAAUUUUGAGUUUUUACAUUUUUCUAGGCCACAAAAUGGCAUUGUACGAUACCUGUAUGUACAUAUGAUCAUUUUUCAUUUGUGAAAUCAGACAUUCAUUGUUUUUGUCUAUUAAUGUUUUGUUCAUCAAACUUUGCAAUGUUUUAUUCUUUCCUGAGAGGAGGUAGUUGUUCGAGAUUCAUACCAUGUAGCUGUGUGUGUUUCUAAUGUUACCUAAUUUUCCUUUAAUCACAAGGAUUGUAGUGCCCCCUGUUGGUUUAGAAAGAGACUGAUCACCAGUGUCAAUGUCCACUAAUCUGUUGAGCAGUAAAUCUUAAACUACACUGUUGAGCUGUUCACAAUAUUCUCAAGGGUGCUUCUUUCUUUAGAAAAAUACAACUAUCUUCUGUGCCGGUAUCAAUUUAAUGCUGCAGCCAGUGGGUUAAAACACACAGUGUCUUGUAAAGGUUUUUACGAUGCCCCAUUUCUUGAUAUUUUGCCUCCAAGACACCAUAUUUUCUUGUUUUCUUUGAAAGUGGCCAGGAUCAUUUUUAUUCUCCAUGACUUUUGGACUUUGGCUUCUUUUUGAAUACAUUUUUCUUUCUCAGUCCUUGUUUAACAGCAUGACAGCAUGGUGUGUACUUUAUGCUUCAAAAUUUAAAAUAAUAAUAAUAAUAAAAAAAGAUUAGGCCUAAAGAAAAUAUGUCCAGCAGACAAAACGUAUUUAAAAAAACAGAAUUAAAGCUUAUUAAAUAUUUGAUACAGGAUCUAAAAUGUCCAUCAUCCUUCAUUCAAUCAUCUGUUGUUUGAGAUUUAUCACCUUGGCUGUAAUCCUUAUUUCUGUCUGUGAAACAGUGUUAUAUAAAUAUAUAUAUUUUCCAUUGAUUCAAUUAAUGAAAUUGGAACAAAGUGUGUGUUUGUGACAUGCUACGGGAAAGGCAGCACCUACAGGUCCAAUUUAAAACGGUUACUCUGCCAAGUUGUCUGGUAUUGACACAGCUCAGAUUCAAUGCUUGGGUUCAGGAACCUUUUUAUGUCUACAGUUUUUUUUAAAUUAGGUAAAUUGCUUAAUUAAAAACACCAAAAAUGUUCACGUACAUAAAAAAGCAGAAAGGGUUAAAGAAACAUGCUUUAGAUAGCCUGGAGCACUAUUAUCAAGACCACUUUAAAAGAUUAUAAGAAUGUCUGGCUGCUUGGAAACAAAGUAUGAAGAAAAGAUGGAAGAUUACUUAAGACUUUUGCACAUAGCGAUAAAUCAUCUGCAGUCACUUGAAAUCUCAGUGUAAAUGAAACCAUGUAAAUAUUUGUAGAACAGAGUUGCUGGAGUUUAGUGCUUUGGAAAAAACAUCACAGAUAAAAACGUGUCAUAUAUAAACAUAGACACUUCAUUUUGGUUUAUGUGAUUGGAUUUAUGAAUCUUUAUCAAACCCAUAGUUACCAAUCUCUUUUAUAUAUAUAAAUGGCUCAAAUUUUAUGUCCAAUAAAACUGAAGAGGGAUAUAAAUUAAGGAAACGGUUCCUCCAACAAACAUUUAAGCAGAAAGUUGUCUUUGUCGUUCUUACACCUCAUUUAAUGACCUCCUUCCACUAUAAACCCUCCUUUCUACGUAAAAUAUGUUGCACUUGUGCAGUUGAGCAUUUUUCAAGAUUCACACACUUGAAGUGAGUUAAAAAAGUAACAGCAUUUACUUAAAACACCUUAUUAAUAAAGUGUUCUGCUCUUUGUUGAACUGUGUUAUGAGUUGCCUCACACCUCUACACGGAGACCUCGAUCCAGAAAUGCAAGUGAUAAUUAUGUAUGUGAAGUGAUUUGUGAUUUGAAAGGUGCUUUGUUUUACAUUGAAGUGAAAGGUUUCCCAUGAUUUUGAUUGUAAAUUUUUUUUAAACGACGUUUCCACCAUAUUUUGUGGUUUAUUGUAAAAUAAUAGACAGUAGCCGCCUAUCAUAUCUGCAGAUGAGUGUGGAAGUCUUCGAGACAUUUCUUUCUCUUAAAUGUGAUUUUUCCUCUCCACUGUCGCCCUGUGCAUGCUCAGAACAACAAGGCGGGGCAUUUAUAAUAUGAUGCAUUCUGUUAGCUACCUUAGAUCAAAUGUUUAAAAGUGGCAUUUUAUAACUAAUUUACUGAAUCUUGCUGUAAUAAAAGUGUGUUAUAAUUACA